AACGAAUGUCAAGCGAAUCACGAGGGAUCAGCCGGCAAAAUGGAAGUCGACGCAGUCAUAGAAAUGUUCCAACGCUCAGAACAAUUGCAUCAGGUGAAAUACGUAAAUUACAUUGGAGAUGGAGAUUCCAAAACUUUUAAGGGUCUUUUGGAAUCACAACAAGUAGAAAAUUCAUCAGUAAAGAAAAAGGAAUGUAUUGAUCAUGUUCAAAAACGAAUGGGUACUCGCCUUCGCAAGUUGAAGAAUGCCAUGAAAGGACUUGGAGGAAAAGGCAAAUUGACUGCUAAACUUAUAGAUGAAUUGUCUGUUUAUUUCGGAUUAGCUAUCCGUCGUAAUCAUAAUUCAAUUGAAAAUAUGAGGCGAGAGAUCUGGGCGACCCUUUAUCAUAAAUUAUCCACAGACGAAAAGCCACAGCACGAUAAAUGCCCGCCCGGUAAAGAUUCGUGGUGCAAGUGGCAACUGGCGAAAGCCACUAAUAAAUUAGCUGAAUUUAAGCAUAAGCCAGCUCUUCCUCAAAUGGUUUUUGAUGCUAUUAAGCCAAUCUAUGAAGAAUUAAGUAGUGACGAUCUUCUUAAACGUUGUUUAGGUGGCUACACCCAAACAAUUAUGGGAGAAUUAAGCAUAACAAUUGGACCGAACUGCUACAAUUAUUGCCUCGAGACUGACGCGCGACGCAUCAAACUUUCGGAGCGCUCGUUGACAGAUGCUGCAAAAGAGGCUCGAUCAUCACUAAAAUCGACCAAGAAGGACCAGGAGGAGAAGAACAUUAAUGAGGAAGGUCAAUUAUAUGGUGCAGGCAUCGCAGAUUAA